AUGGAUAUUAUCUACGCUGUAACAAAGGACGUCCUUUGUGGUGGAUCGUCCUUUACGUAUAACAACGCAAUUGGCUCGUGCAUAUUUUUCUCAGAAAAUCCACUUCCCUGGAAAGACGCACAAGACGACUGUGACUCACGAGGCGGUCGACUUCUUGUUGCAAACACCGAUGCCAAGUUCGCUGGAGUACAACUUGACUUCUUCGAUAAAGACUAUUUCUGGGUUGGUGGCAUUAUACAGAUUUCUGAUAACAAACUGGUUUGGUUAACAGGGGAACUGGUUGACUUGGACAACUUUCAACCCGGACAACCAAGCGGAGGCAAUGUUUGCCUGGCGUUCUGGAAAUAUAAGGGUUUACUCAAACUGGAUGAUGGUUUUCCGAGUGAAGAUCAUCCCUACCUCUGUGAAUUACUAUAA